UUUUAGAGUGAACGCUUGUGAAGAAAAAAUUCACGUCGUCUCAGCACACACUGCCUAUGAACGUGCGUGCAUCCGUGUAACCAGCGAUUUCCCGCCAAUUUUUUUGUUCGUCAUCUGCUGUCUGGAAAGAUAACUGCACACCAGCGCGAUGUAUUCAACAAGUGUGAAAACGUGCAUCCUUAUCAUCGCUGUCAUCCUGCUCUCACAGGAAUACCCCUCGAGUGCACAAUUACUAACGCAUCCGCCACAUCCGCCAACAACAGGGGCAAAUGGAACAGCAACUACUCAGCCUACUCUGGCUUUCCAAACAACAAAAAUUAAUAUGCCUGCAACACAGGGACCUACAGUACAGAAUGGUACAACACAGACACCUACCACACAGCUGGGACAGACAACAAAGGGUUUUGUAACACACACAAGAUCUGUGACUAAAGCUGUUACAACACCGGCAAGAACUACGGUGAAAUCAUCAACGCUGUUUCCGAUGUCUUCAACGCCCUCUCAGACAUUUGGAAGUGUCACGAUGACGGGAAGUCCAACGAUGACCAUGAGUUCGGUAUCACCUUCGAUGUCGCCUUCGUUCAGUUCACCGGCAUUUGUAUCAAUGACGUCUUCUGCUCUACCGUUUACGAGUAGUCCAGCUCCGUUGAAGUUGGUAUCUUCAUCCCCUGGAGGGUCACCGUCGGGACCUUCAGCAGCUUCACCAACUGGUGGGGUGACGUCUACUGGAGGAGUUGUGUCACCUUCUGUAAGCAAUGCUUCACCGAGUGGCUCACCAACUGGAGGUAACACUGUAACUGGGUCAGGUCAGCCGACCUUAACUGGAGGUGCAACUGUAACCCCGACUGGUCAAACCCUGCAAUCGACGCUAACUGCAGGACAGACAGGAACUAUCCCAUCUUCAGUUUCUCCAGGUAGAACGGUGCCACCGACGAUUCCUGGUACCGGGGCUCCAUUAACAACUAAAACAAAAGCUCAAACUACUGUAGGGAUGUCAACAAACGCAGGGCAAACCCAACCACCUACACCUGGACAGACUGGACAAAGUACACAAAGAGGUGCGCCAUCUACAGGACCACCAUCACCAGCUCCUAUAAAAUCUUCAACCAAACAAGCAUAUACCGCAGGCACCACAGAUGCAGGAAACAUGUCAUCUACUGGAGGACUAACAACGUCUAGAGCUAAUCAGACUGUACUGACUACUGGAGGACCGACGACAGUAAAUGGUACACAGGCCCUACCUACUGGAGAGAGUGCAAGUACUACAUUGUCUCUGUUGACAGACAUAGGAAACACUACAUUUACUGAUAGUCAAACGUCACCUGAAGCCAAUCAGACUGUACAAUUUACAACAGGAGUCUCUCAAACUGAUGGACAAUCUUCAAUCCCUCCGAUGAAACUCUCAUCGAACCAACCGUCUACUCUAGGUACCACAACGUCUCUGUCGACAAAUGGUACUGUUGGGCCAACGUCAUCUACGACAAAUCAGACUGUACCAAGUACCGUUGGACAAACGACAGCAAACGGUACAAGUACAGUAGGUACAACAAAGAUCCAGUCAACAAAUGCAGGAAAUGCAACAUCUAUCGGAAUGCAAAAUCAGACUUUACCAGAGCAAACGACAGAAAACCCACAGACCAAAGGUACCACAGAUAUUCUAACAACAAUUGCAGGACAGACUUCACCCACUGCCAAACAAACAGCAACACCCGUAGAAACUACGCAGGGAGUAAACACGACACAGGGAUUAGGAAAGACAUCACCAGCGCUAGUCCAGACUUCGGUGCAGCAGUCUUCAUCGUCUGGGAAGACAGCAUCAGGAAGACCCUCAGAAGGGGCGUCCACCCCGGAGAUGCCAACCACUACUGGCAACACAACCAACGUAUCAUCAACCUCAAAGAUAGCAUCAUCUCCACUCUCCUCGAACGCUUCAAAGACACCGUCCAAAGGCCCAGGACACCCGAUAUCCGUGAUGGCAUCCACCACUGACACAGGAACAACAAAUGACAUUGGUGAAUCUCCUGGACAUCCCGUGAACAUUCCACUAAUUGCUGGGGUUACCUGCGGGGUUUGCGGACUCGUCCUCUCUUUUGUCAUUGUCUUCCUACUGUCCAAACGGAAAAGAAUACAGAAGCGAAUGCAUCGAUACCAUUCCUACGGGUACCUGAACAGUGAGUCAAACGAAGAGAGCCCGUGGCCAACCUUCUCUAACCCGCUCUUUACAGACGCAUCAGAUACUAAGCCCUUAUACUGACAAGACAAACAGGAAAUGGCACUACAUGUAGCUUCAUCGAGCUCUAAAACAUGACCAUGUUCUGAUGUGUCCAGCAAUCUUCAAGGAGAUACAACCGAACCUCUUCUGAUCUUCCAAGGUCAAACCAAUACCACAUAUCAUCAAGAUUGACUCUACUUAAAACUACUUUGGAGAUCAACAACCCAUGAUUUUUUUAAAGCCGGAGACCAUUAAUUGCACUGCUCAUGUGUGUAUUUGGGCAUCUUAAAGUUACAGUGUGUCUUUCAGUCAAUACAUAUACUGCAUCGCACCCUUGUCAUGUUUCAAAGGUUACUGAUAAAGCUGGCACUUUUAUCAGGGAGGAACUACUUUGAAAACCUAAGAAUCCACCAUUUAAAAAAUCAAGGUUUCUUUCCAAUGUUGUCUUCAAUAUGUAAAAGUCGCAAUAUGCCUUGCAAUUAAUAAUUCAUAGUGCAUUGUGAAGACCUGAAAGUGCAUCAAUCUUAGCAAUAAAGCUUUCCGGCAAUCAUUACUUCGCACCGGAGUCAACUUUCAAACUUACGGACAAAAUGGACGCUUUAAUUAGCAAGGAAUCCCUUUGAAAACCUGAAAUUCAAUCAUUCAAAGCAAAAAGACUCUCGCUUCAACGCUUCAACUGUUCAAAGUCGCAUUGUAAAAUUUCAAAUAUAGUGAAACCUGCCUUAUUAUCAACCUCUUUAUAAGGCCACCUGUCUAUAUUAGUAAUGCAUUUUGUCUCCUUUGAGAAUGAGAAAGAAAUGAGUGUUGUAUGAUCUGUUUAGAAAGGCCACAUGUCUACUGUUUCCCUUGGGUGGCCUUGUGUACACGUUGACUGUAAUUUCUGCUUCAUAUUGCACCUGUCAUCAUCGCAGUCGAUGAUGACGUCUAACAGCACUUCUUCGAUCUUCGAAAUUUCCACGGAGAAUAUUCGCGGAAACACCAAAAGUCGACGCCCUGAAACACAAACUAGGAUUCGAGUAUUUAGUGUCACCCUCAAAAUAGCCAUACCCCGUGAAUUGGUGCGGUCACUAUUUAAGAUGUUCAGUAUAGUAUGAUUAGUUACAAUUUUAGUUUUUGCUUUAUUUUCUCUAUUCUUUCGUAAAGUAUAAGAUAGUGGUAUGCAUUAGAAUGAGAUUAUCAGAAUGUGAUUAUGAAUAAUAUCCCAGUCUCACCAACGAGACCGACGCCAGACCAACUCUAGACCGAUCAAACAAUGAUAUUGCAUCCAAUGGCAAAAAGUCAGUCGGUAUAGAGUCUGAUUGGCGGUGUGACUAUGGUAUUUUCUUUUCUUUUUCUUUUUGAUUAUUAUACUUCUACCUGAUUAUAAAUGUCACUGUGUCAAAUGAUUUUGAGGAACUUAAACUCUACAACUUAUGAUUUUUAUUAAGUUCCUUUUUUUCACAUUUUUUCGAAAUUAUCUAGUGUAAAUGCAAUACAAACUUAGGCUGCGUAGGUGUCUUUAUUGUUCAUGAAUAUCAUUUUUUUUAGUAUGCUAUGUUUUGUUUAUGUAUUGUUUUUAAAGUGAAAUAAAAUGAACUAACACUAAAACUGUAUUAACGUGCCGAGUAUAAGUUAUAUACAAGCUCUACAUUUGUACAUGAGUGUAGGCAUAAUUACCAUGCUUAUUGUUUUAAUAUUUACCAGAUGAUGUAUCUAUUUGUAGAAAUUAGAAGAACUAAAGUCAUUAGUAGAUUGUUUUACUCAACAAAUUAAUAAAAAUCUCCUUUUAAGAUAACAUCGA